AUGGCAGCAGCUUGUUGUGCAGCGCUCGCAGCAGCGGGAAGCGUGCUCCUCCCCAACACAUCCGCCUACAACCAAACCCAAGCCUCCUACUGGUCCCUGCAAGAAUCCUCCCUCUCGCCCUCGUGCUUCGCGCAGCCGCAGACAGCGCAGCAAGCGGCCAACCUCAUCACCAUCCUCACCUCGCACCAGGCAUGCAGCACCACCGACUUUGCAAUCAAAUGCCAAACCCACGCUCCCGCGGCGGGGUUCGCGAAUAUCGCUGGUGGAGUGACGAUCGAUAUUACCGGCCUCAACUCCAUCUCUGUUAGUGAGGACCACUCUAUCGCGUAUGUCGGCGCGGGGAACAGCUGGCUCGACGUCUACGCCUACCUCGACCCGUACAAUAAAUCCGUUGCCGGAGGCCGGAAUGGCGCGGUGGGAGUCGGCGGGCUGACGAUUGGUGGCGGUAUUUCCUACUUCUCCCCCCAAGUCGGGUGGACGUGCGACACGGUGCAGAACUUCGAGGUCGUGCUUGCAUCCGGCGAACUCGUGAACGCCAACGCCACCUCGAACCCCGACCUGUACCGCGCGCUGAAAGGCGGCAAGAACAAUUUCGGGCUCGUGACGCGCUUCGACUUCGCCACCGUCGACAUCACGCGCAUCCUCGGCGGGAACCUGGUGAACGACAUUGCCGAUCGCGCCGCCGUGUUCGCGGCCUUUGCCGACUUCACCACCGCGCCGGACUACGAUGUCCACGCCAGCUGGGUGCUGUCGACCAUCUUCAACGCCACGUCGAAGGCCUGGACGCUCCUCAACGUCCCCGUGUACACGCUCCCCGACACCAGGCCGCUGGUGUACGAGCAGCUGUACGCCGUGCCCAACAUCAGCGACAACCUAGCGCUGACGGAACUGCACGUCCUCGCCAACCAGACAGCCACCCCGCCGCUGAACUGGGGCAUGGGAACGGCGACAUACGGCGUCUCGACGGCCUUCCUGAACGAGAUAUUCGACAUUGUAAACGCCACCAUCUACGACUUCAACCUGCCCGGAGGCGUAGCGUGGAGCAUCGCCUUCGAGCCUCUGCCCACCGUUUUUCUUGCCCCUGGCGCGGGGAAGAACGUUCUCGGCACGACGCCUGCCGAUGGGAAUCAGAUGAUCUUCCUAACGUCGCCAUUCUGGACGGACUCGAGCGCGGAUGCGGAGGUACAUGCAAAGACGGAGGAGAUUCUGACAAAGGUGAAUGCGGCGGCGGAGAAGGCAGGCUUGCUGCGGCAAUUCGAGUAUGCGAAUUACGCCGACUACAGUCAGCAGCCUUUCGAAGGGUAUGGGCAGUCGAAUCUGGAGUUUUUGCUGCAGACGUCGAAGCAGUACGAUCCCAACGGCAUGUUUCAGAAACGCGUACCUGGGGGGUUCAAGCUGCCGGGGGGACAAUGGUGGUGA